GUUUUUCUUGAUCGAUAACAAUUUGCAGAAUAUUAGAAAGUAUUUAAGAAUAAAAAUUUGACGUAUUUAUAUUUUGUAGAUAACUACAUAUAUAUUUUUUACAAAAUGUAAAAUAUAAAAUAUCGUAUCUUAUAGUAUAUCACUACAGACGGUUUCAUGUAUCCAUACGUGCAUCUAACCUAAUGUCACUGGCCACUUAAUGUAACGUGACUAUGUCAAUAUAUAGUUAGAAAUACAUAAUUCGUGACCUAGUAGUAAUGACAUUUGUCUUCAAAACAAAUAGUGUAAUACUUUAAUUUCAAUUAAUACAGAAUUUAAUUUAAUCGAAUGGCAUAGCUACUUUUUUACAUGUAAUAUGAAUGUAAUAUGUUGUUAGAUUUAGAUGUCUUUCUCUUUUAAAUAUAACCUCAUUUGCCGGUUAGAAAAAUUUUUUAUAAGUUAUGUUUACAGUCUCGCAUCGAGACAGUUGAACAUUAUCAUUUAAUAGAUAAAAAUGACUGCGGUAUGGGAAGUACAUUUUCUGACAAUAUCAACGUUGUUACAUGUCUUUUGUGUACAAAGUUUGCAGAGUUUAGAAGUAAUAUAUGCAAUAAAUGCUGGCGGUGAAGCGCAUACUGAUAGUUAUGGAAUUCGUUAUGCUAGAGAUCCUUUAAUGGGUAAAGUUGGAACAGCAUCUGAUUAUGGCAAGCAAUUAAUUAUCGGAAGAGUAAAUGCAAUUGAUCAGAUCUUAUAUCAAACUGAACGAUAUCAUCAUAGCACAUUUGGAUAUGAUAUUCCAAUAAGCGAAGAUGGAGAUUAUGUUAUGAUAUUAAAGUUCUGUGAAGUUUAUUUCAAUUCUCCUAAUAUGAAGGUGUUUGAUGUUGUAUUAAAUGGUGACCAUACCGUUGUUACUGACUUAGAUAUUUUUGAGAGAGUUGGACGUGGUGUAGCACAUGACGAAUAUAUUCCAUUCAAAGUUCAAGCUGGGAAGUUAAUAUAUAAUGACGAAGAGUCUGAUAUAUUAGCUGGAAAAAUUAGAGUUGAAUUUAUAAAAAUAUACCACAAUUGGGUCCGAUUCCACAGGAACCAGAUGAAUAUCACAAUAUACAGGAAGAUGAAGAAGAAUCUACAGUUCGUAGUCGACAUACAAGUGGCCCCAGAACUCCAGAUCCCUAUUCAAUCGAUGAUUCCUCAGUAAUGUUACCAAUUUUUGUAGCUAUUGGGGCAUUUAUUCCUUUACUAUUUUGCCUAUGUAAACUAUAGGCUAAGUAAAACUUUUUACACAUGAAUGCCUUGUACUUAAAAAUGAUAGUGUUCUAAUCAGCUUAGGUAAAUUUAGCAUAUUGAAAGUUGGCUAUGUUUACACUGUAAAUAGUAGGGACAUUUUUGAUUUUAAGGCAAGUCAUCGCAUUUCAUUGAAAAUAUUUAUUAUUAAUUUAAUCAAGCGAAGUCAUAUCUGAAUAUGUUUCUAAAUGACGAAUAAUUCAAAUUAAGAAUGAAAUUAGAAAAGAUGAAAAAUUGUGCAAUUAUAUUUAAUAUAUUAGUGAGAAUUAGAUUUAGUUAAUGAAGAAUAUGUUAGUUAAUACGAAUUAUUUAAUUUUUAAAGGUAGCAAUCAAAUAA